AACAAUUUCAUCCAUCAGAUAAUUGAGAACAACUUUAAAUUUAAUGGUCAUUUUAAAAUUGCAGGACAAACUAGAAUUACGCCGAAUUUCAUGAUUUUUUUGGGGUAUUUGUCGUAUUUAAUUUACCCACAUUAAAAGCACAUCUCUAUCUGUUUCUGACCGGCCCUCCUCAAAAAAAGGGUGACAUGUCAUUUACUGGAGCACAACACUCUCUUUCAAAGACCUAAAGGUAGCAAGAAAGAGAAGUGAUCAUGUUCUUGCAAGACCAUUGGAGUAAUUAAAACAAAGUAGUUAUGAAUCUCUCAUGGUUUGGUGGAAGACUUUAUUGCAACCACAAAAAAAAACUAAGUACUUUGCCACUUUCUUCCUACACUUUCCACCACCGACACCUCCCAUUUAAACACCCUCUCCUUAUACUCAAUCUUCACUUACCCAACUUAUGCAUCUCUUUCUCUCUCUCAGUAAUUAACAACCUACCUGGGAGAAUCAUGGUACAACCAAACAAGUUCAGAGGUGUCAGGCAGCGGCAAUGGGGCUCGUGGGUGUCAGAGAUCCGCCACCCUCUGCUGAAGAAGAGGAUAUGGCUGGGGACUUUCGAGACAGCAGAGGCCGCAGCAAGGGCGUAUGAUCAAGCAGCCAUUUUGAUGAACGGCCACAAUGCCAAGACAAACUUUCCAGCCACGAGCAACACCCCCGAGCAAAACACAAAUGCGCCUACGUCUCAGGCGGCCACACUGUCGGAGAUGCUGGCAGCCAAGCUGAAGAAAUGCUGCAAGAAUCCGGCUCCUUCCAUCACCUGUUUGAGGAUCGACAACGACAACUCCAACAUCGGGGUGUGGCAGAAGCGGGCAGGGAGGGGCUCAGGCAGCCAGUGGGUGAUGAAGGUCGAGCUCAAGAAGACGAUGAUGCCGUGCCAGAGCUCCUCCUCGUCCCAGUCAUCAUGGUCGACUUCAUCCGAGGUCGACGAGGUCAGCGACGCAAUGGAUGAGGAGAACAGAGUGGCGUUGCAGAUGGUCGAAGAGCUGCUGUAUUGGAAUGGCUCAACACCUGCACUUUCAAAUGAGCAAAAUGAAGGCGAAGACAAAUAAUCUUGGGAAACAGAGUGUUAAACCACGAAACCGAUGCAAACGAGCUGAUGCUACUGCAGUGGAGCUCAAGUAAAACCAGACGAGAAAUGUGGGAUUUUGAUGUGAAAUCUCGUGAUAAAUCGAGGUUUUUCAAAGUAGUCAUGUGAUGAGUUAGGUGGCGACGAACAAAUACAAGAAAAUGUUUACAGCGCUGAAAUGAAGCCACCUUAAUCAGUAAAAAGAAAGGCACAUUUCUAACAAUCAGUAACUGUUUAUCAAACCAUGAGAACUCAAGAAUUGAGUUUUGUUGAAUGAUCAUUAUAUUGAUCAAGCAAUUCAGAUUGUCAAACAGUA